AUUCCAGCUUCCAGUAAACGUGAAUGUCAAGAAGUUGUCAGUAUCACAUUUUCGGCGCGAGCGCAUGGUUAGAGGAACCCGCGCGUUCUAAGUUUAAAAAUAAUUCAAAAAUGACAACAAAUCAAAUUGACGACGAACAAAUUACAAUGCUCCGCCGGGCAUUCAGCAUGUUCGACUCGAGCAAGCAAGGCCGUAUAGAGAAGGAGAAGGUGCGAACGAUCCUGAACACCAUGGUGCACAGUUAUGAUGACAACGAGCUGGACAGGAUGCUGGAUGACGAGGAUGUUGAUGGCAGCGGCAAAUUAAACUUCGAUUCUUUCGUGCGAGUGGCCACCCACUUCUUGGACGAAGAUGACGAGGCCCUGCAGAAGGAACUGAAGGAAGCUUUCCGACUCUAUGACAAGGAAGGUAAUGGUUAUAUCCCUACAUCGAGUCUCCGGGAGAUCCUGGCCGCCUUGGAUGAUCAGCUCACACCAGAUCAGCUGAACGAGAUGAUAGCAGAAAUCGACACUGAUGACUCGGGCACGGUAGACUUUGAUGAGUUCAUGGAAAUGAUGACUGGCGAUUAAAACAAAAUAAAAACAAGCCCUUCAAAGCAAAGAAAGGGAAAAUCGUUUAAUGUUCCGUUCAAAAUCUUGGCAAAGUAUUAAUUAAAAGAUGCUUUCAUAAAA